AUGGUGCUGCUGGCCGGGCCCGGGCCGGAGGGCGGUGGGGCGCGCCGCGUGUCCCCGCAGUCGCCGUCCCCACCCCGGGACGCGCAGGCCGGGGAGGACCCAGCUGACUUCGAGGAGUACGAGGACUUCUCGAGUCUGCCCGACACCCGCAGCAUCGCCUCGGACGACUCCUUCUACCCUUUUGGAGGCGAGGAGGAGUACAGCUCCGUGAGCGCGGAGAGCGUCCCGGAGGCCGUCCCGGAGGCGGCGACCCUCCUGCGCGCCGCCUGCGCCAACGAUGUGGGGCUGCUGAGGGCGCUGGUGCGGCGGGGGCCCAGCGCCGAGGAGGUGCAGGAGACCGACCGCAACGGCCGGACCGGCCUCAUCGUCGCCUGCUACCACGGCUUUGUGGAUACUGUGGUGGUCCUAGCAGACUGCCCCCACGUGGACGUCAACUGGCAGGACAGCGAAGGCAACACGGCCCUCAUCACGGCUGCACAGGCGGGACACGUCACCAUCACCAACUACUUGUUGAACUAUUUCCCUGGUCUUGACCUUGAAAGGAGGAACGUGUUUGGGUUCACGGCCCUGAUGAAAGCCGCCAUGCAGGGCCGAACGGAGUGCAUCCGAGCCCUGAUGCUAGCAGGGGCAGAUGUCCACGCCAGGGACCCUCACCGCGGGAUGUCGUCUCAGGAGUGGGCUACUUACACGGGACGGUUUGAAGCGGUCCACGCCAUCCAGAGGCUGCUGGAGCGACCCUGCCCAGAGCAGUUUGGGGAAAAGUACAAGCCAGAGUUGCCGCUGGCCCCCGAGGGGGGUCCGAAGACUGCGGGCUCCAAGAACUGCUUGCAGAGGCUCACCGAGUUUGUGCGGUCCAUGCUGGCCUCCCGCUUGCGCCAAGGCCUGGAGGAUGGGGGCGUCCUGGACCACAUGGUCAGGAUGACCACGAGCCUCUACAGCCCUGCCGUGGCCGUCGUCUGCCAGACCAUGUGCCCCGAGAACCCCCCCUGUGUGGGGAAGAGGCGGCUAGCGGUGCAGGAAAUCCUGGCGGCACGGGGGCACCCGGACACGCAAGCCCAAGAGAGGGACAAAGCGGAGGGCACCGAGCGGCGAUUCUGGACCUGCCAGGCCGCGGGGGUCUCCAGAGAGGGGGCCCCCAGAGCCAACUGCACGUCUUCUUCCCAGCUGCCAGCCGCCCCGCGGAAGGCCAGCCUCCUGUCCCUGCAGCUGCUGCGGCGGAGCAGCGUGCGGCCGGGCGUGGUCAUCCCCAAGGUGCGCAUCAGCAAGGCGCCCGCGCCCACCUUCCAGCCCGAGCGGGUGGCGAAGGGUAGCACCAAGGACAGCACCCACCUGCAGCUCCCCAAGUGGCGGUACAAGGAGGCCAAGGAGGAAAGAAGGAAGGCGGAAGAGGCGGAGAAGCAGCGGCUGGCUCGGGCGCGCAAGGAGAAGCGGGCGCCGUCCUGGAGGAAAAGGACGUGA